GGGUGUCAUCAUCCCAGACAUACCAGAAGUAAACCCAGUCCUGUCUGAUAAACCUGAGGGUUAAAGGAUUUGCUUUUGAAACCACACACACAGAUUCCACUGAAUUACCUGGGAGGGCUUGAAGGCUUUGUACUGAUUAGGAUCUGAUUUAGGCUGCCUGGAGUGAAAAAAAUAUACAGGAUGCCUGAAAGUCAAGGGAAGGACAGCGAAAGCCACAUCAGCAGCAGCAGUUCCAGCACUAGCAAUUCAGUUGCUCGCUUCGGACAGUGUCAAUAUACAGCAAAUGAGUAUCAAGCUAUCCAGCAUGCUCUUCGUCAGAAACUGGGUCCGGAAUAUAUCAGCAGUCGACAAGCUGGAGGAGGACAAAAGGUCUGCUACAUUGAGGGUCACAAGGUAAUCAGUCUGGCCAAUGAGAUGUUUGGCUUCAAUGGCUGGGCACAUUCAGUCACUCAACAGAAUGUUGACUUUGUUGACCUCAACAAUGGCAGGUUCUAUGUGGGGGUCUGUGCAUUUGUGAAAGUUCAGCUUAAGGAUGGGUCAUACCAUGAAGACGUAGGUUAUGGAGUCAGUGAAGGCCUGAAGUCGAAGGCCUUGUCCUUAGAAAAGGCAAGAAAGGAGGCAGUAACAGAUGGACUGAAGAGGGCGCUCAAGUGCUUUGGGAAUGCUCUUGGGAACUGCAUCCUAGACAAAGACUACCUACGAGCUGUGAAUAAACUUCCACGUCAGAUGCCCCAUGAGUUAGAUUUGGUGAAAGCUAAAAGACAGGACUAUGAGCCUGAAAUUGAGAAAGCAAGAUACAACAGCUGUUUGGAAAGGCAGAACACAGGAUGGAGAGAGCAUCAUGAGGCAGCAUAUACUUAUAAACCCAGUCACACAGAGGCUUCUGUAGUGAGAGAAGAUCAGAAACAGCCAAACAGUUCCAGGGGCAGAAAUUCAGAUUCCUUAGCUAUUGAGUGUGAUGCCACUUACCAGCGGAAAUUGCGCCAAAAGCAGCUACAGCAGCAGUUUCGGGAACAGAUGGAGAAGAGAUGUCAGGUUACCGAAGUCACUCCUAGCAGCAAACAGGCAACAGCCCAUCCUCCUGUAAAACAGGACACUCCAGCAGCAGUACAACAGGAUCUAGCAAUAGAAGAAGAUCUCUUUGCAGAUGAUCCCGAACUUUGGGACAUUUCCUUGGAGACCGCUGAUCUGAACAAGAUAAUGGGUCACAAAAUGGCAGGCCCAUUAGCUGGACAGCAGACACCAAAAACACCCUGUGGACGUCACCAAAUGAUUACCCGUAACAGAACCCCUCAGAGAAUGAAUUAUCACAAAUCUUCUCCGAGACCUGCACAACUGCAGCCAUCUGCUGCUCUCAUGAGCAACAGCCACAGUGCUGACCAGCAUGCACCAGAGCCCAGCCCUCACAGAAGAAGUCAAAGCUUGAAGAAGAGGAGGCUAGAACCUACAUAGGACACCUGGUGGUAUUGUUACCCACAAUACUGGGUUACAUCAGAAGACUGCAGCUGGCUCUUCAAAGUAUGUGAGGAAGACUAUUAAUAGAUUGUCCUGUAUGUUAUGAUGAAGCAACACAGAAGAGUUUAAUACAACCAGCAAGAACUUCAGGUGCUUUUGGGUUGUUACAUAUUUCAGUUUUUUUUCCUAUGAACAAGUAAUCAUUUGUGCUUCUGCAGCAUCGACUUCUGGCUAUAUUACAAGCUGGAGUUACAAGUAAUUCGCCUGAAAUUGUAACACAAGUAAUCCUUAAAAUGAGUUGCCAUUCAUCAUUUCUUUCUUCCUCAGUGUUGCAUUUCAGCAUACAGGAAUGUUUUGUCAAUAAAAUGAGGGGGUGGGUUACGGUCACACAAACGCAUACCAACUGUGCUCUCCUGGUCCAUGUGGCUGUUUGCAGCUGUGGCAGUGGCUGCCUGUGGUGUGGAGCCCAGCUGUUUGCCCUGGGGACACACAGACAGAGUCAGAAGCAUUGCUCUGACACAGCUCUGCCUCAAAUUCUUCCUCAGUCAGGCCGGAUUCCUGUCCAGCAGCAGCACAGCACCUUUGUUCACCUCUGCCAGGGCAGGAGUGUGCUCGGAUUGCUGCUGAGUACACAAAGCAUCUCAGGCUGUUCCUCUGGACUCUCUGUAAAAUGAAUGGGAGCUGCAGGUUUUUUUAAUGUUUUAAAUAAGCUUAUAGUCGUAUUUUUAACACAAAAAUAAACAUGAAAUUUGGAGAAAA